GGGAGAAGGCUUUUUACGGCCCGCCCGUGCUGCUGCAGCUCGGCUGAGGUGAUCGGUAGAGAGGGAGAGACGUGCAGCACGAGCUCGCCAGCUAUGAAUGACUCAAUUCGCAUGAUCUUCUGCUGGCAUCGCACGAUCGAUCGCUCACCUCGCAAACUGCGCAUGCGCACUGUACAAAACGGGCGUGGCUCUCAAAUCUUGCAGAGAGACCCUAAAGAGGGCGUGAUGGCGGACGGGGACAAGUUACCUGGACAGAGUCCCACGAGCCCAGGCUCGGAAUGGGGGUCCCUGGCAGCGAUGGAGGCGGCCAUGAGGGAAGAGAUUAGAGAACUCCAUGAGCAGAGAGCCGCAGCCAUGAUGACGGAGAUCGUGGAGCUCCAGAAAGAGAGAGAUCUAGCCGUCGCCAAAGUCAGGAGGCUGGAGAAGAAGGUAAAAGAUAUGGAGGCUGAAGCAGACAAGAGAAGAGGUGGAGAUGGCAGGGCAGAGCUUGUGGCGCUCCUGAGGCAGACGCUGCUGGAGGAACAGCUCAUCUCUGCUGACCUGAAGAAGAAACUACAGACGGUGAAGAAACAGAACGUGGCUCUGACCCAGCAGUCUCGGAAUGAGACCACCAAGCAGUCUCGGAAUGAGACCCAGACACCCAAGAAUGGAAACCAGGAACAGUCUCCCUCUAGGUUCAGAAGGCACAGUUAUGAUGGGAAAUCAGCCUCUCCCCAUCUCCCUUCCUCCAAACCUCCAACUCCGUCGUCUCUCUCUCCCCACACCCCUGGUGGCGGAGGUCAGAGUCAACGAUACAGCCCUUCUGUCGUCCCUCGGAGGUGAGAGAUCACAUGACAAUCACAUUACCUUGUAAUUCAGUGAUUGAGAGUACUAUUGUUCCAGAUACAAGUUGGCUGCUGUUACUAAUUGUGAUGCAAGCACUCAGACGGCCACAGAGACAAUGGAAAAGACUGACCAAUCAGAUCACAGUUCUGCCGACACUCUAGCCACUCCCAUUUUAGAAGCCUUGACGACAGCAAGAACUGACAUUGUUCGAUUGCAGCGAGAGAGAGACGAGGAGAAGAAGAAGGUGGCCAGUGAGCUCCAGAGAAGGGAGGAGCUUCGGAAAGAGGGCGAGUGUCUGCAGCUGGAGUGUGGUGUGCUGCGAGAGAGUCUAGCUGAAUUUUCUCGCUGGGUGAGAGGCAAGUUGGAGGGAAUGGAGGAGAACAUGGACAUCUUCAGAGUCAUCUACUCUCUGCAUCGAUCCCUCUCACAGGAGCAGUCAGUGCUGCAGGAGCUGCAGAAGAGACUGAGACAAUCGGAACAGAAGGUCUUGGAGCUUGAACAGACAAACAGGCAACUGGCACUGACAGCCUCAGAGGCAGAGGAAAACUACAAGAGCAGCCUCUCGCAAAUCAGGGUUCUGCGGGAGAAGUUGUCUUGUUGUCCUCCCCACCCUCCCUCUCUCCUCACCCCUCCACCACCAAGCCACACCCACUCAUCACUGAUGAAGGGAAGAGUAUUCUCGUCCCCACAGCUCCUCCCACGAAACUCCUCACCCCUCACCACCCACACACCCUCAUCACACGCUAGCCACACCCAGCAUGACAUGAUCGCCUGACAUUUUAUUUCACAAAAAAAUUAUAAUAUAAUUCAAUGUCAGAAUAAAGCAUGAUUGAGCAGCGUGCAAAGAAAAAAGACGAUGAACCACAACGGGGAAAAAAAGGAAACUAGUGGGUUAGCUAUCUAUUUAACUCUGACCAUCGCUUCUCAAAAAAGUUUUUCAUUGAAUGACCUGCCAUUCCAAUCUGUGGGGAUGACAAUUAUUGAAGAUUCAAAUGUAGUUCAGUUUCGGCAGAAUUUGCAGCUUACUUUUGAUUGGUCCUCGUUGUAGAAAAGACAGUUUGAAAACACGAGUCGCGAGUCACUGGCAAAAGCCUCGCGACAGGAAUACCUGCAGACAGGCAGAGAGAGAGAGCGAGAGGUG